CCAUCAUCAAUGAUUCUUCCUCUCAAUCUGAAUCUGGUGUUUAUGUUACACAAGUGUAGUUCGCAUAUCUCCCCGCUUAACAUUCCCUUUUCUUCUGUCGGCGCCGUUGGGUGUUUAUAAAAGAGUUCUUUAGUGAUUUUACUCUAAAUAAUUAUUUGCUUUUAAAAUGUCGACAAUUCCCGUUGGUACUGAACCCAGCAACGUAGUUUGCCCAACUUGCAGACAACAAGUCUUGACGAAAAUCGAACACAAAGCAACAACCAAAACUCAUUUGAUUGCAUUGAUCCUUUGUCUUAUUGGAUGUUGCCCAUGUGCAUGUUGCUUAUACUGCACUGGAUGUGCCCGAAAUGUUGAGCAUUACUGUCCAUCCUGCAAGGCAUUUAUUGGUGUUUACGAGAAGUAAAAAUAAUUAUAAACAAAAACAAGUAAACAUAAAUAUUUUAACUAAAAACAACAACAAACCAAAAAAACACAGAAGAGUAGUGUAAAAUUUAAAUAAAUGUGUGUCACUUUAUAAACAACCAAAAAUAUUAAAAAUUUAAUUUUAAAGUUCGUAUAGUAAUUUUAUGAAAACAAAAAACAAAUUAAAUAUUGUAAAAUAUUAUAAACGAGCUUGAUAUUUUUUUGUUUUUUAAGAGUCGACUAUCUUUAUGGUAAAUAAAGAUUUUUUAAGAACGAUGUCACAUUAUUUUUACACCACAUGAAUUUUUUUAAUAUCAUUUAAUAUUUCAUUUGAAUUCACAUUCUCCCUUAAAAAUAAAUAAACUUAAGAACAAAAAGAAUACUGUCAAUGCACUUUAUUAUAUAAAUCCAAAAAAUUAUUAUUUUAAAUAUGUAAUUUACAAUAUUUUGUUAAAUAUUUUUACUGUCAUUUAUUAAUGUUAAUAAAAUGUAUCCAUUACAUAG